UCAAUUGCUGAAUUGGAAAUUGGAUGUAAUGGCAGCAGAAUUUAUAAAGAGUUGCUGUAGAGGAUGUUUCUAUGGUGGAACAGAAGAGCACAAUUUUUCCAGGGAGAGAGACAUUAAAGCAGUCUCCGAGAGUCAGAAUACACCUGUCUGUGUCCCUCCUUUGACUGCUGUUUCGGUAAAGCCUCAGGUUGGCUGUACUGAGGAUUACUUACUUUCCAAAUUACCAUCUGAUGGCAAAGAAGUACCAUUUGUGGUGCCCAAGUUUAAGCUGUCAUAUGUUCAGCCCAGGGUACAAGGAACUCCUUCACAUCUGGAGGGACUUGAAGGAACUGCCAGAGCAUCUUUUGGAGAUCGAAAGGUAGAACUUUCCAGUUCAUCCCAGCACGGACCCGGCUGUGAUAUAUACAACCCAUGCUUUAGUUAUCAGCACAUUUCACCCGAUUUGAGCCGGCGCCUUCCUCCUCGUUCAGAAGCAGUGAGACUGUAUGGAUCAGUUUGUGAUUUAAGGACCAGCAAACUUCCCAGUUCCCCUGGACUAAGCAAGUCUAUGUUUGAUCUUACAAGUUCAUCUCAGUGGUUCAUGCAGAGACAUGAUUCAUGGUCCAGCAUGCCUAGCACUUCUUCUUCAAGGAAAAAUUCCCAGGGCAGUAACAGAAGCCUGGAUACAAUUACUCUGUCAGGAGAUGAAAGAGAUUUUGGGAGAUUGAAUGUGAAAGUGGUUUAUAAUUCUUCAGUAGAGCAGAUCUGGAUCACAGUUUUGCAGUGCAGAGAUUUAAGUUGGCCUUCUAGUUGUGGAGACACUCCUACUAUUUCAAUAAAAGGAACACUAACAUUGCCCAAACCCGUGCAUUUCAAAUCUUCAGCAAAGGAGGGCUCUAAUACUAUUGAAUUUAUGGAAACUUUUGUAUUUGUUAUUAAACUCCAAAGCCUACAAACUGUAAGGCUUGUAUUUAAGAUUCAAACCCAGACUCCCAGGAAGAAAACCAUCGGAGAAUGCUCACUAUCACUCAGAACUCUCAGCACACAGGAAAUGGAUUACUCUUUGGAUAUAAUGCCACCUUCAAAAAUUUCUGUUUGCCAUGCAGAACUUCAACUGGGGACUUGUUUUCAAGCCGUAAAUAGCAGAAUUCAGUUACAAAUUCUCGAGGCACAGUACCUCCCAAGCUCUUCAACACCUCUCACUUUGAGUUUUUUUGUGAAGGUGGGAAUGUUUAGUUCAGGAGAGUUGAUUUAUAAGAAGAAGACACGCUUACUGAAGGCCUCCAGUGGAAGAGUAAAGUGGGGAGAAACUAUGAUUUUUCCACUUAUACAGAAUGAAAAAGAAAUCCUUUUUCUCAUCAAACUUUAUAGUCGGAGCUCUGUAAGAAGAAGACACUUUGUGGGGCAGAUUUGGAUAAGCGAAGAUAGUAAUCACACCGAAGCAGCGAGUCAGUGGAAAGAGACAGUUACAAAUCCAGAAAAGGUUGUUACCAAGUGGCACAAAUUAAACCCAUCUUGAAGACAUCACACGUUAAUUUGGUGAAGAACUUGACAUUCUUUUAGAAGACUUAAGAUUUCAAUUUGCUACCAAGGAGGAGAGACAAAUCAGUACAUUUGUCAAUGUAUUUAUGGAGGUCAUAAUUACAAUUGAUAAUGGAUCUUAUGGAAAAUUAAAUUUGAUUAAAAAAUGGGAUGAAUUAUAUUGAAUAUCCAAAGUAAAGGGAAUGUUUUAAAACUUGCCAAAAUAGACAGUAAAAUAAAGAGUAGUAUGCUGGGGCAACUAAAUAAGGUACACAAUCAAUGAGAAUUUCAACCAUAGGUCGUUAUUGCUAUAUUAUGUUUAUGGGUUUUUUUUAAAGCUUUACCUAGAUAUUAAAAAUCUAGUAUAUCAAAUCUCUGUUAGUACUGUUAGAAUGUAGAAGACUUUACUACUGAUUACUUCAGUGCUAGUCAUUAUUGAUUAGAUCUUGACUCCAGUGUUUACCUCUUGCUAUAUAUUUUCUCGCAGAAAGGAAAAAUGAAUUAAACCGCUUCAACUCUUCUGUAU